AUUCAACAGAGUUCAAUUUUUAUCUUUGUUCUCCGCAGUGGCGCGCAAGGCAAGCUUUCUUGGCGCGUGCUGUGCAGCGAGUCAGGGGCUAACAGAAUGAUCAAAGAGAACCUUUCAAGAGCUGACGGACGGCUUGCGGGCGAGAACAAGCCACAGCGUGAAUCACGGAAGCAAGAAACGAUCUUUUGAGUUAACAGUGACAAAGCCACACGAAGUUAUUUGGUGUUAAAUAUGGAAGAGCUUUUUUUUUUUUUUUUUUUUUUUUCUUUGGGGGGGGGGGGGCGGGGGGAGGAGGAACAAAACCGAAGUGCUGUCACUUCGGUGUCACAGAAUGAGACCAGGCAUAGUACAUUAAUUCUCUCGUCAGUCGAAGAUACCAAUCAGCAAGAAGAGGACAGACUAAUUAUUGGAGUAUCUUAACCAUUGAGCUUCCAUCAUGAGCUACCCGCGCAAGCGUGCAUUACUUGCAUGCGACUUUUGUCGCCAAAGAAAGCGUCGCUGCGAUGCCUCGAAGCCUGUAUGUGGCAACUGUUCAGAGGCAGAAGCAGAAUGCCGAUACCAGGAGAUUCCGAUUCAGUCCCUGGAAUCUUCGACGACCUCCUCAGCAAUAUCAAGAAGGCUUGACAGCAUAGAAACGCUACUCAAGUCCCACUCAGAAGCAAUCGCAGCGAUUUCCCAGCAGCAAGUUUUAGAGACUCUCUGUUCCCCGCAGGAGAUCCUGGAUGCCCAGGCGGUGCCGACAGAUGCAGUAACCAUCGAACAGCCACCGGUUCUCGAUCCAUCCUGCGUUGAUGGACUCAACCUGACAUCUCCAUUAAAUGACAACACUCAAUCUUCCUCACCGUCGAUGGCGGCUGUCAGCCCUGAAUUCACGGCCCAGUUGGAGGGGAGCAUCGAACUACUGGCCCCCUUCACCAUCCCGCCGAAACACUGGACGUCGUCGUCGUCGUCGUCGUCGUUAUCAUCAUCGGUAAAUAACCUGCUUAAAUUACCAAUUAUCAAAUCCGUGGUGGGAGAAUUUCCCGAUGAUUAUUUCUUUUCGAUUGAAUCGCGGCAAGUUACCCCCGCGCUGGGCGGCUCCUGGAUGUCCUCCCAGGUGGAGCUGCCAGACAUUGAAAAUGAUGUUACAGACCGGUUGGUGGAUACAUUCUUCUCUGAGGUCCAUCCAUGCCAUCCAAUUCUAGCCCGCGACGAAUUUUGCACAAUGUAUGCAAACGUCAUGUCGGACGGGUUGGGGUUUAACUUGCAGUCGGCAUUCUGUCUCGUCGUUUUUGCAUUGGGUGAUGUUGCAUCUGAGUCCGAAGGGGUUGAUCCGCGGGUUCAAUAUUGGGAGCCGGCUCUGAAAUACUUCAGGCCUGCUUUAAGCAUUCUGAUGGCUGAGUCUGCCUUUUCGUUUGGGUCGGACUUGCUGCUCCCCCAGGCAUUGAUAUUCGGCGGGAUUUGUUUUGCUUAUUUGGGAAAACCGUUGCAUAGCUGGAAACUUAUUUUCAUGGCAUCUACGGAAGUACAGUUGUUGCUAUCACGCAGUAAGUAUGCUGAUGCUGAUGAAUCCUACAAGGAGCGGAUAUCAGAGACAUGCUGGAGUUGUUUCCUUAUAGAAUGUGAUUACCUUUCCGAGCUCAAUCUUCCCCCAAGUGGAAUCCAAACGGUGGUCGACGACAUGGCGCUUCCUAAAGCCGGCAACCCAAGUGAUCGAGAAGGAUUAAGCUACCUGGCAGAAAUAUCCAUGAGAAGCCUCCUGAACCGAGUGCUUAGUCCUCUCUCGCUCUCCAGCGAUUUCGAAAGCUGCUGGUUAAGUGACGAGUCAGAAGUACCCCAAGCCCUCACAAUCACGUCAGAACUUGAUCAGCAACUCUUACUAUGGUACAACUCCAUCCCGGAAUCGAUCAAACCAACGCUGGGCCUAGGGCCCACUGCGCAUCCCUACGAGAGGAUUUUGAGAAUCCGCUAUUACCAAGCGCGAUACAUCAUCCAUCGUCGAUUUGUUCUGUAUUCCGUUUCGCUACCUGAAGAGCGAGAGCCGUCUCAGGAAAUUUUGAAGAAGGCGCAGGUGUGUAUUGACAGCUGCAGACUGUAUUUGCAGAAUACUGGGGAGAUCUUGAAGAAGCCGUCGCAGUAUACUUGGACAGUGGCACAGUCGUCACUUGCCGCCGCUCUGCUCUUGACGGCCGCUUCGCUUUCGCGGCAUUUACAACACGUAGUUCCGGAUAUCCUACCGCUGCAGCAGUUGCUCAUUGAUAACAUUGCAGGGUGGGCUGCGCCGGAAUCAAGCUUUGAGUCCCUAUUAUGCAUUCUUGGUGAUAUAGUCCGGAAGCAGCAGUUUCAUUGA